AUGUUCCUCAUGGAAACCAAAAAUCAAAGCGAGUUUGUGAUGAAGGAGCUCCACUCUCUGGCUUACACCUCAUCAUUCACGGUACCACCUCAUGGACAUGGAGGUGGAGGGCUAGCCCUUCUCUGGAAUCAAAAAGUAAAACUGGAAGUCUUAGACUCCUGCGACAACUACAUAGACACGACAAUAAGCUAUAAAAAUCAAAGGUUCCUCGCAACAUUCACCUAUGGAGAACCAGACCACACAAAGAGAAGAGAGGUUUGGGAUAAGAUUUCUGACCUUGGAGUAGCAAGAGAAAACCCGUGGUUCCUCACAGGAGAUUUUAACGAGAUCAUGGACAACUCAGAAAAACAAGGAGGACCUCCCAGAUCAGAAGCGUCGUUUGGCGAUUUCCGAGAAUUCCUCUCCAAGAACGAUCUCUAUGAUAUCCAACAUACAGGGAACUCCCUGUCCUGGCGAGGCGUCAGGGGUACCCAUCUCGUUCAUAGCCGUCUUGAUAGAGCCCUCUCCAAUAGCGCUUGGACAGAAGCGUUCCCUACAGGCAGAAGCAUCUAUCUCCCGUUCGAAGCUUCCGACCACAGACCGAUAAUCACCUUCUUCGAACCGGCACUGCAAAAGAAAAGAGGCCUUUUCAGAUAUGACCGGAGGAUGAAAAGUAAUGAGAAGAUCAAACAAUUGGUAGCAAAAGCCUGGGGAGAAGAACCAGAUGCAACUGUGGAACAGAGAAUUUCAAAAUACAGGAAAGAAAUAGUAAAGUGGAAUAGACAACACCACCAAAACAGCAAAAAGGUGAUUGAAGAGAAGAAAAAACAGCUAGAAGAAGCUAUGACUUUGAGGAUAGCGGAUGAGACUAGAAUCCAAAGCAUAAACGCAUUUCUCAAAGAAGCCUACAAAGAGGAAGAAAGCUACUGGAAACAGAGAAGUAGGCAGUUAUGGCUAGCAUUGGGAGAUAAGAAUUCAGGCUAUUUCCACGCGGUGACAAGAGAUAGAAAGCGCAUUAAUGCUAUAACAAUGAUAGAGAAAGAGAAUGGAGAAACCUGCUAUGAAGAAAGCCAAAUCGCAGAAACAGUGGCAAACUUCUACUCGGAGCUUUUCACGUCGCAGGAGCGUGAUAGAGCAGCUAUGGUGGAUAGAAUUUUGGAGCCACGAGUCACGGAGGAGGACAACAAAGCGCUAACGGCCGAGCCUUCGAAAGAGGAAGUAAAAAGGGCACUCUAUGCCAUCCACCCGGACAAAGCACCAGGUCUAGACGGGUUCUCUGCUAGCUUCUUCCAGUCUAACUGGGAUGUAGUGGGAGACACUAUCACUUCUGAAGUCAAGACUUUCUUCUCCACAUGA